AAGCAGCAUUCCCAAGUCCCGCUUUCACCCGCGCGCUAACGGCUCAGGUUCGCGUACAGGACAGGAGGGAGGGGAGCUGUGCACACGGCGGAGGCGCACGGCGUGGGCACCGGGCAUCCGGUACACUGUGUCCUCCCGCUGCACCCAGCCCCUUCCGCGCCGAGGCGUUCCCUGGGCCCAAGUGGGCCGGCUUCAGGGAACUGACCGCCCACGGCCCGUGUGCAGAGCCGGGUGCGCCCGGCCCAGUGCGCGCGGCCGGGUGUUUCGCCUGGAGCCACGAGUGACUCAGCGCGGGGCGUGUGCAGGCAGCGCCCGGCCGGGGCGGGGCUUUUGCACUCGUCCCGGCUCUUUCUAGCUAUAAACACUGCUUGCAGACCUCCACUCCACCACGCCUCCUCCAAGUCCCAGAGAGCCCGCGUGCAACCUGUCCCGACUCUAGCCGCCUCUUCAGCUCGUCAUGGAUCCCAACUGCUCCUGCGCCGCCGGUGACUGUUGCACCUGCGCCGGCUCCUGCAAAUGCAAAGAGUGCAAAUGCACCUCCUGCAAGAAAAGCUGCUGCUCCUGCUGCCCUGUGGGCUGUGCCAAGUGUGCCCAGGGCUGCAUCUGCAAAGGGGCGUCGGACAAGUGCAGCUGCUGCGCCUGAUGCUGGGACAGCCCUGCUCCCAGAUGUAAAUAACGCGACCUCUACAAACCUGGAUUUUUUAUGUACAACCCUGACCCUGACCGUUUGCUAUAUUCCUUUUUCUAUGAAAUAAUGUGAAUGAUAAUAAAACAGCUUUGACUUGA